AUGGGUUUGCUAUCGUCAUCAUCAUCAAGGCUUUCAACCUCACACCUCACUCGCUCACGCUCCAUCGUCCCAAGCUGCAUCCCCUUCCUUGCUUUUCUUUCAGUCUCCAUUUUCCUUCUCUACCAGGUCGACGUAUACAUCGCUCGAACCAGAAAAGGUCCCCGUCGCUACCAACCCACAUCUUACCUUCUUACUCCCAUUCCGGAUGAAGUUCAAUCAAGGGUUAUAACAAAUGGUACUUUUGAUCGAUUGUUUGAGAUCACUUGGGGAGAUGAUCAUGCUGACAUACAUGAAGAGGGUGAAUUGCUGACGCUUAGACUUGAUAAAAGAUCGGGUUCUGGAUUCCGAUCUAAAGAUGAAUAUCUGUUUGGGAAAAUCGAUAUGCAGCUAAAGCUAGUAGAAGGGAACUCCGCUGGCACUGUAACAGCUUAUUAUUUGUCAUCUGAAGGGGACUUUCAUGAUGAGAUAGACUUUGAGUUUUUGGGAAACACGAGUGGCGACCCUUAUACGCUACACACAAAUGUGUAUAGCCAAGGUAAGGGUAAUCGAGAGCAACAAUUCUUCCUUUGGUUCGACCCUACUGCCGAUUUUCACACGUAUACUAUUAUCUGGAAUCCUCAGCGUAUAUUGUUUUAUGUUGAUGAGAUUCCGAUUAGAGAGUUUACAAACAACGAGGCAAUUGGCGUUCCUUUCCCAAACACUCAACCAAUGAGAAUACAUUCGAGCAUAUGGAAUGCAGAAGAAUGGGCAACAAAGGGUGGGCGUGUGAAAACUGAUUGGAGUCGAGCUCCGUUCACGGCGGCGUACCGUAACUUCAACGCUGAUGCUUGCAUUUGGUCGUCAUUGAAAGGAUCUUCGUGCCCAUUGAAUUCAACCAAGCGAUCAUGGUUCCGAGAAAAGCUUAACACGGCGGCAGUUAGAAAACUGAAAUGGGCACAAAAGUAUCAUAGGGUUUAUAAUUAUUGCUCAGAUAAGUGGAGGUUCCCGGAAGGUCCAGGCCUAGAAUGUAAAUUUGUAUACAUUUUAGACAAAAUUACGUGA